AUGGCCAGGUCUCAUCCUCCCCCUGUCGCUUAUGGUGAACCUUAAGCUAAAAGCCGGCUGAUGGGGAGCAUUAUGGUCAGACCCCAUCAAGCUAAAAACCAGCUGAUGGGGAGCCUGUAACGGAUCGCCUGGCACCCCGACUGGGUACCUCCGUUGAAGGAUGCUCCUAGCGCUUGCUGAGGACUCCAAGCACUCUGGCAGACACCACAAUCACUGAACCGGAGAAACAAAUAAAUUCUCCCAAGCAUAUGAAUGCUGUAGACAGUUGAAUAGGAACCAUAUGAAUAGGUUUACUCUCCUAGCAGUCAAAUUGGAACAGCAUACAAUAAAUCUUUCCCCCAAUAAUGAGACGACACUUCACUUUGAGGGUUAAACAGGAACUCACUGUACUGGCACAUACAGCCUCUUUUAUUCCCAAUCCACAAACUUAGUACUGCCCACAGGGUUUUACAGAACAACCAAUCAAUCUGUACAAUACACACAGACACUCCCACACAAAAUCCUCCCCUCUGCCUGUGAUAUGAUUACUGAACACAAUGGGUAAUCUAAUUAUCACAGAGAGAGAAAUACAGUUUCAUAAAACACAUCACAGGGACCCAAAACAUGCAAUAACCCCAAAAAGUAUAUCCUUGGAACUGGGGGAUCUGGGUGAACCACAUAUCCAAAAUUCACCCAGAUCCUGUUCAGUACUUUGGAAAAUACAGUUUAAUGCAGAUUCUGCAGAACAUAUACAGGCUAAAUGAAAAACAAUCACUGUAUAAUGUGUCCCCUGCUGUAUAGUCCAAAACCACUGCACGAUGUCUCUGUGCACCAAAUACUGGCGAGAUAGCACCGUGUUGAAAAGUCCAAACAGUGUCUGUGAGUUAAAAUGGCCGCCAUCCAUUGUUCUCACCAUGUGCUUCAUCCAUUGUUCUCACCAUGUGCCUCUGAUACAGGAAAUGGUAGCCACCCAGUAACUCCACAGUAUGUCCCCAGAUGGUUCUUAAAGGGCCAGCAGCAGCACAACACAAAUCCAUUAUGCCCAAAUCAUGUCUUUAAAGGGCAAUACAUCCCAGGGGCCAUAGUCACAGGGCAAGAGGCUGGCAACCAGGCUUCUCCAGUGCAUAGUGGCGAGGUCGGUUUCGCCACAGAGCCCAAAAGGGAAGAGGAGUUUUUAUUAUGCUGAGGGAGGAGGUGAGAGCGUUAGGGAAGAGGGAUUUAGAUUGGCAAGGACAUUUCGGUUACAUUUCUGUAUGACAUUAUACAAGUUAUUUAUGUUAAUGUAUGAUAUUUUAUUAUGUACAGUUUUAUAUGUUGAAGGAGUUAUACACUAUUUGGAUGUUAUAAUAAAUGCUGUGGCCUGUUAUAUCCAAGUUUUGUGUCUGUCAUUAUUUGGAGAAGUAAUGAUUGGUUGAAGGGGAUAUCUCAUCCAAUGCCCACUACGUACAUACAUGAAGAUUUAUCAGGUUCUGUGCUACAAUUCACAUUUCCCGUAUGUAAAAAACACGUCCCUCUUUGUGGUGCUCUUGGGAUGUAGGCCAAUGUUAUUUUGUGUUUAAAACCGUUCCUAACUCAAUAAAACAAGUACCAGACAGGGUUGUUUUAAUAGAAUUAUUUUACUUUCUCCACAGAUCCAUCACCUCAUAUACAUUCUACAUUGGUCAGCUCUUCAUCCUGUGUUUCCACCAUGAACUCUUUAGAUGGUCUCACAGCUUAUAUGGGGAGUUCUCACACCUCCCCAAGGCCCACUGCAACAAAUAUAAACUCUGAAUGUUCUCCUGCGAUUAAUAUUGGUGCUCCUUACCGAGUGAUCACAUCAUCAGUGGGACCUCAUUCUAUAUCUUCUCCAUCCAUCCUAGACUUCUCUGGACAUGAGAGACCACAGGUAAGUGUGUAGCUGGAACUUUAAUGCAUUAGUGUGUUGUAUGGUAUUCCUAAAAAGUCAUUCAAUCUUAUUUAUUUACAUUAAAAACCAAGGAAAAAAAAGUUACCUGUGCUCUCUCCUUAAUCUCCAUGUACAUUUAGACAAAUGGAGGUCAUUUAGUUACUCCAACGUCAAAACAGACCCCCCCUAGACGGGUCCUACUCUGACCCUUUACCUUGCUUCCUUGAGCGUCUGGCAAAGAUAUCUCUAAUCAGACAGAGAGGGGUAUUUUUUGUUAUAUACGCCCCUAUAUACUUAUUAACCCUUAAUAGGGAACACAUGGGAUGGGCGGCAGCAUUGUAACAUAGCUGUGUGAUACAAAAACUCAAUACAAAUACAAAAAAGAUAAGCCCUGCGCUCACUCCCACCAUUCCUGGAUGGCAGCAACGACCACAGUACACAUCAGCCCAAUAUAUAGUAUGCUUAACCAAUCUACACAAUCAAAUGUACUCUCCUCAUCAAAGGAUAUGUUUAUAUCCUAUAUGUAUAUAUAGGUUGCCAACAAGUGGAAAAGGUUAGUGGCCUGGCCAGUAUUAACAGGGCUGGCCUUAGACCUUCAGACGCCACGUCUGAAAAGUGGAGGCAUGCGGCCGCCGGCUAACAGUGCGUUCUGUAUGCAGCGAUCUCCCUGCUCUGCUCCUUGUGCUCCGCUUCGUGAUGCCAGAGCCAGAGUGACGUCAUAUUCGGACUCUGGCAUCACUAAGCAUAGCAUGAGGGGCAGAGGGAGAGAUUAGAAUGCGCAGCCGGCCGCAUGCCCUGGAGGAAAAGGGCUCACCUUUUUACAUAUGAAAAGCUAAGUAGUCUGAAGCAGGAGGGCAAAGAUCCUUAGUAACGAUGUCACCACACCUGUAAUUCUUCCCUGUCCCUAGUAAAUCCAAUGACUCCUCCCGUAAUAGAGUGCAUUGGGUAUUCUGGCAGGUGAGAUUCCCGGCACCUUUAGUCAGAGCUAAUGAUCUAUUAUUAACAAUUAAUUACAAAUAAUUACAUCUCAUGCUGCUCUGAGCUUAUUCUUGUGCCAUCUAGUGUCACAUCCUGGUUAGUAGCCUUUAUCACUGCACCUCAAGCUAAAAGAUCUUUUUCCAAUCUGAGACUUUCAUCAUUGUGUUCCCUUCCUAAAUCUGUGAAACAAAAACAAGAGAGGAGUACUCAGUAUACAAGCAAAAAACUUUGCACCAAGUGCAAAAAAACCCUUGUGGCUAUAAGAAGGGGGAAAUAAAAUGAAUAUAAAUUACCCUGUUUGAAUAGGAAGUGCGAAGACUCCUCAGUGUCUUCUUAAACAUAAAUAAAGAACAAUAAAAAAUGCACAACCUAAAAAUAUAAAACAAAGGGAGAACGCAAUAGUGUAGAUAAAAACUAAUAAUAAAAUAUAAAAAAGACCAAAAUUCACUCACAAACAUAAGGAUAAAUAGGCGGGGUGUGCAAAAUCUUUUCAAGUGCUUCUUUUCUCCUCCUAUUCCAGAAUGGAGGCUUAGGACAAAGCACAUAAACAAAACAUAGUGUAUAGCUGUAUGAAUAAAAGAAUAACUUUAUUUGUUUGUACUUACAAAGUAAAAGAAGUAAAAAAGGCUCAUCAAAUCACUCGACGUCUGUAACGGACCGUUUUGCACAAAAGGGGUAAAAACCGCUUAGACGAUAAUCCCCUUUUAGAGACAGGCACAGCUACUGUAGAAUCACCAAAACUCACGAAUUGAAUAUAAGUGAAUGCACCAAACUCCCGAACUGCAUACAAGGGAAACAAAGGCUCUGUGUUGAGGGUCAAGCAGUGGUCUGAGGUGCUGGCACACCCAGCCUGGUUUUUAUUACAGUCUUGCAAAUACAGGACCGCCCACAGGGAGGUAUAAAAUAUCCAGUAACAUAUUAGUUACAACCCACUGAUUCCCUCCCCUUAUCCUGAGAGGUAACCCAAUUACACAUACUUUUUACCACAAUGCAUCCUGGCUUCCUCUCCUCUGCCCAGGAGAUAAUUGAGAAGUAAUUAAAUUAUCUCCCAGGACAGAGACAAGACUCCAUUAUGCACAUGGUUAGCACAAAGCAUUCAAAUACUGUACAAUACACAAAGUCCCAUUUUAUACAUAAAACACAGACAUGUCAGAGACAAGACUCCAUUAUGCACAUGGGGACACAAAACAAGCAUUACUGUUAAAAUACACCAGGUAAGACACCUUACAUUAGUACUAUACAUUUAACAUAUCCCCAGAUAGCUCAGGUUUGAGCGCACAUUAUUAAGUGAAUGGCGCUCAGACCACACGAAUACAGUUUAAUCGCCAUGGAGCCAAAGUCUUUACAGUCAGUUUCAUACGAAUGGGCUCCAUGGGAUUCCUAUCUGGGGUAGAACACAUUCAAACAAAUCUACCGAACCCCAGGCAGAAAAGCACGAAUGAAGCUUUUCUGCAGGUAAAAAAAGAUGUCUUUUAACAGGGGGCCAUAGUCCAAAGGCAGCAGGCGAGCAACCAGGCUUCUCCAAUGCAAUGUGGCGAGAUUGGUCUCGUCACAACGUCUUCCCAGUCAGGAAAAAGAAUAACCAUCAGGGUUUGGAGACUAAGUAAAUAAUAGAGUCCACAAUACAAUAGCAAUCAACUGUAGAAAUCCUGCCACCCUACGCGUUUCGUCUUAAUGACUUCGUCUUAAUACAUUGUAUGAUGUAUUGUUGCCACACGCCCCUGACAAAGUCAUUAAGGCCUGACGGUGAGUAUGCCCAUAAUGCCCACUCAUAAGUCCACUUAUAUGUUCCACCCACCCAUGAGUUCGCUCACAGGGAGUGGAGUGUGUAGGGGAUGUGUUAUGUGUUAUUGUAGAGGAUCUAAUAUGUGUGCUUAUGGUAUGUAGUGUAUAGGGAUACCAGUUUGUGCAGGUGAUGCAGUGUGUUUGUGUGUAGUGGAAGCAGUGUGUAUUUGUGUAUAAGGGAUGUAUUGUGUGUUUCUGGUUAUGUGUAAGGGAUGCAUUGUGUGAAUCUGUGUUUGUAUGCAUAAGUGAUUUAAAGGUGUGUGUCUGUAUGUGUGCAUUGUGUGUGUGCAUUGUGUGUGCAUUGAGUGUAAGAGAUGCAUUGUGUUUCUGUGUGUAUGUAAGAGAAACAGUGUGCAUGUGUGUGUAAGGGUUUGCAUUGUGUGUUUCUGUGUAUGUGUGCAAAGGAUGCAUUGUCUUUGUGUGUAAGGGUUGCAUUGUGUGUGUGUGUGUGUGUGUAAUGGAUGCAUUGUGUGUUUCUCUGUGUGUAAGGGAAUCAUGUUGUGUUUCUGUGUAUGUAUAGGGAUGCAUUUUGUGUGUGUGUGUAGUGUGAAAGAGCUCCCUGUCUUAUAGAGCUCUCCCUUGCCCCUUAGUGGUCUCUUUUCACCCUUACUUCCCCCCCCCCCCCCCCCCCCCCCCUGCUCUUCUUAUUCCCCCUUCUUCUUCUUACUCCCCUUCUUCUUCUUCCUUCUUCUUCCUCCUCCUUCUUCUUCUUCUUCUUCUUCUUCCUUCUUCUUCUUCUUCUUCUUCUUCCUCCUUCUUCUUCUUCCUCCUUCUUCUUCUUCCUCCUUCUUCUUCCUCCUUCUUCUUCUUCCUCCUUCUUCUUCUUCCUCCUUCUUCUUCUUCCUCCUUCUUCUUCUUCCUCCUUCUUCUUCUUCUUCCUCCUUCUUCUUCUUCUUCCUCCUUCUUCUUCUUCUUCCUCCUUCUUCUUCUUCCUUCUUCUUCUUCCUCCUCCUUCUUCUUCUUCCUCCUCCUUCUUCUUCUUCCUCCUCCUUCUUCUUCUUCCUCCUCUUCUUACCCCCCUUCUUCUUCUUCCCCCCUUCUUCUUCUUCUUCCUCCCCUUCUUCUUCUUCUUACUCCCCCCUUCUUCUUCUUCUUCUUUACUCCUGCUUCUUCUUCUUCUUCUUCUUCUUCCUACUUCCCCUUCUUCUACUUCCUCUUCUUACUUCUUCUUCUUCCUCCCCUUCUUCUUCUUCUUCCUCCCCCUUCUUCUUCUUCUUACUCCCCCCUUCUUCUUCUUCUUCUUACUCCCCAGUAAGUCCGGCCAGUACAGGAAACAGAAACUCUGCGCGGUACAGGAGCUCGGCCACGCUACAGGGAAGGGGAGGGGAGGAGAGAAGCAGCGCUGCAGCCGCCUGAGGAUCUUUACAGGAUCGGCCCUGCAGCAGCCGGUUUUAAAAUUAUUUAGAGUGGCCUGGGGGGCAAUUGCCUCCCUGCUCCCCGGCCCAGCCCACCUCUGUUUGCGCGCUACCCAGCAUGACUGUGUAAGUCAUGACGUCCCCCAAACAGGGCCAGAUACACUUUAAGGGGUUAAUCUAACCCAAAACAGUCUUUUAAUAAAACAUUGUUUUUGAGUGGAGUACCCCUUACUAGCUGGCCUUAGUCCCCCCCCCCCAUUAAAACAUUAAAAUAAAGAAAUAAAGCAAAUUUAAUUACACCCUUCCUCUGUGUUUGUUGGUGACAUCACAAUCAGCCUCACCCACAUGUUCAACCAUACAAGUAAACACAUGUGGGAUAGCGGCUGCAAUGAGAGCAGUGAAGGAUAGUGGCUGCAGUGGGAGCAGUGGAGGUUAGGGAUGCGGACUGUAGUGGGUGCAGGAAAGCAUAGGGUGAGCUGAGUACAGGGAGAGAGAGAGGCUGAGGAGUGUGCAAGAAGGCACAGAGGCUGUGGUGGGUACAAAGAGGGAUAGGAAUGACAGCAAUAGGGCUGUAGUGGGUGAAGGGGUAUAGAGGCUCAGAUGGAUAAAGAGGGCAGAGGGGCUGUGGUGGGUGAAGGAGUUUAGGGGCUGUGGUGGGUGAAAGGGGGCUCAGAUGGCUAAAGAGGUAUAAUCACUGAGAUGGGUGAAGGAGGGGAAUAGAGGUUCAGAUGGUGAUUAAUAAAGGGGGACACACAGGGUCUGUAAUGGGUGAAGGGGGCACAGAGUCUGGAAUGGGUGAAAGGGGCACAGGGGCUAGCAUGGGUAAAGGGGGCAUAGGGACUGGGAUGGGUAAAGGGGGCACAGGGGCUGGGAUGGAUGAAGGGGGCACUGGGGCUUGCAUGGCUGAAGGGGGCACAGGGGCUGGGAUGGAUGAAGGAGGGCACUUGAGCUGGGAUGGGUAAGGGGGGAUAUUAGCUUAAAAAAUAUUUACUUACCUGCUGUCUGCCAGGAUUCGGCAGAUUCUGCAGGAGAGUGCAGGGCAGGAAGUGACAUAACCUCCCCUCUUUCGGCCUCGCCUCUGCCACUCACACGGAGCUCCGCAGACAUAACAUGGAGCAGAACAGCUGGGAGCAGCAGGAUUCCUGCUAGGUCUCCGAAGGUGGGGGUUGGAGGGGAGGCAGAGGGGAGAAACAUAGACAAUAUGGAAUAUGUGCAAUUAUGUUUGUUUCUGGAUGAGGAGAUCUGUGAUCUGAUCUCCCCAGCCAGAUAAUGUGUGUGCAGCCUGCCAGGCCCCUGGCUGCCUCGGGCCCCCGGUCCAUGACCGAUCUGCUCGAGUGGUCAGUCUGCCCCUGUGCACUGGGUAGACAUGAAAGGAAACCUUGUACCUGAGUUGAAGGAACCACACACAGGAUACACAAGACUCACAAAGUGGAGACUGCGGAAUGAAACGCUCCCGGUCACCCACACCCCUCUUGUUGGUUUACCCCCCCCCCCACUAUAUUCACAAUUCAUACUCUA